AUGGUUCGUGUCAAGCCAAAAGGAAGACCCCGACGAGGAGGACGUGGCCGCCACGCGCAGCAAUACGAGCUCAAUGCUGAAUCAGCUGACAAGAAGCUCGCGCCGCCGCAUCGUACAAAAGUAAUCAACGUAGUGCUAAUGAAAGUGCAGAAGAGCGCGACCGCUGUCUCGCAGCCAGCGGGUGUCGAUGAGCUGCUCGCACAACAUUCAAGCUGCGUCGACCCAGCAGGAUCCUAG